AUGAAGAUGCUAGGCUUGAGUUGCAACCGGCAGACUGAUGGGCAGCCACCCCGGCAGCAGCACAACAGUGUCGUCCGCGUGUUCGCUCCAACCACGUGGUCCAGGAGGCCAUCGUCAGAGUCCAUGUUUGCCAAGGAGAUCGUGCCAUCAUUGAACGUGGGAGUCAUCCUGCACACGAGUCGGGACCUUCCCCGUGAAGAGGAUGCUUGCAAAAGCUUUGUUGGAUCCGUUUUUCGCACGGCUGAAACGGAAAAGGCUUCAGAAGGGCACCUCCAGCAGCAACUGGGGACACACCUGGACUGCCGCAUUUUCACGAAGAAAGUCUGA